AUGAUGUCAUCAGCGAGUAGUAGUGUGAGUAGCAGAGCGUCUCAAACAACAACAACUUUGUCUCCUCGUCGUGCGGGAACCAAGAGGAGUUCUUCGACUUUUCAAAGGAAACGAGGAGUCGCUGUUCCAAGAGCUACGAUAGACGACGUUUCGAUUUUCAAUCUCGACAGCGCAGCAGAAGCUGGGGUGAUUAUCUUACUCGUGAGAAUCAUAACGCUCGGUGGUGGUAAAGCGGCGCUUUCGAAACAGCUGGAGGAACAAAUCGAGCGAGCGAAAGAGAAGAACGUCGACAUCAGCGACUUGUAUUAUACCGAAGACCAAGGCGAGGACGCGUGGUAUUUAAUCGGCGAUUGGAGACCUCCUAAAAAAGGUGAUUUGAAGUUUGGCGACGGGAGAACGAAAGAGGAGAUCAAGUACCGGAUACGGUGGUCGGAAGCGAUUAAAGUCGCGAUAAAGAACGAAAUAGAAUACGAAGAUUUGAACGAAUUUGCGAGCGCGAAGAAAUUUGUGGAGUUGAGAAAACGGAUUCGCGAGAAGACGAAGGACGACGCGUUCGACGUGUUGUGA